AUGGCAAAAAGGUUUUUUACUGUUGAAGAGGCUGCUGCCCUAUGCAUGGCCUCCAGCUCAGAGGAGUUUAGUGACUCUGAUUCUGAAUAUGUGCCCCCUGAAUCAGAAAGUGACUCUUCUACUGAUGAGUCACCAGGUAGUAGUAGCACGGUUACUGCUCUUGAGGAGCCCAUGGAGUUGGAGCAGGAUGUAGAAGAGGAGGUUGAGGUUGAGGAUCAGGAAGAGGGUGGUAGGGCUGAUGCUGCAACUGGAGGAGAGCCUGCGUGGGGGCCUCCUGGUAAUUUUACCCCCGAAAUUCCCCCAUUUACUGCAGUCUCUGGCGUUAAGGUGGACACCAGUAAUUUUGAGCCAAUAAAUUUUUUCCAUUUAUUUUUGACUGAGGCCAUCCUACAGGAUAUGGUCCAGUACACAAAUGUGUAUGCCGAGCAAUAUCUUGCCCAAAAUCCCCUCCCCAGAUAUGCUCGAGCUCAGGCGUGGCAUCCCACUGAUAUUGCUGAAAUGAAGAGGUUUGUGGGACUUACUCUAGCUAUGGGGCUUAUAAAAGUAAAUUCCCUGGAGUCCUACUGGGAUACCACUACUGUGCUAUCCAUUCCAAUCUUUUCUGCCACAAUGCCUAGAAACCGGUAUCAGCUACUGCUCCGGUUUCUGCAUUUCAAUGAUAAUUCUAGGGCUGUACCCCCUAAUGAUCCUUCCCAUGACAGGCUGCAUAAAUUGAGGCCCCUAAUAGACAGCCUGUCUGAGCGCUUCGCAACAGUAUACACCCCCUCCCAAAACAUUUGUAUUGACGAGUCCCUUCUCCUCUUCAAAGGGCGCCUACACUUCCGUCAGUACAUCCCAAGCAAGCGUGCCCGCUAUGGGAUUAAAUUUUAUAAACUUUGCGAAAGCAGCUCGGGGUACACCAACCGCUUUUUGAUUUACGAAGGAAAGGACUCACAAUUAGACCCCCCUGGUUGUCCCCUUGACCUGACUGUCAGUGGCAAAAUUGUGUGGGAGCUCAUCACUCCACUAUUAGGCCGAGGUUACCACUUAUACGUGGAUAACUUUUACACCAGCAUCCUCCUAUUCAAGACCCUUCAUUGUUUAGAUACCCCUGCCUGUGGCACCAUAAAUCGUAAUCGUAAAGGAUUGCCCAGGGAACUCCUCGACAAAAAACUGAACCGUGGAGAAAUGUAUUCCCUAAGAAAUGAUGAGCUCCUUGCCAUCAAAUUUUUGGAUAGAAAAAAUGUUUUCAUGCUGACGACCAUCCACGACACGUCAGUAAUUGAAGAACAGAGAGCUGGUAGGCCCCCAAAAUCUAAGCCUCUCUGUAGCAAGGAGUACAGUAAGUACAUGGGUGGUGUUGACAGAACAGAUCAACUCCAACAUUAUUACGAUGCCACCCGAAAAACAAAGGCCUGGUACAAGAAAGUUGGCAUAUACCUUAUUCAAAUGGCCCUUCGAAAUUCGUAUGUUGUCUAUAAGGCAGCAGUACCAGGCCCCAAAUUGUCUUAUUAUAAGUACCAGUUGCAGAUAAUCCCUGCCCUGUUGUUUGGUGGUCUAGAGGAGGCAGUGCCUGAGAUGCGUGCCAGUGACAACGUGGCCCGAUUGGUGGGGAAGCAUUUUAUAGACACGCUUCCACCGACUCCUGGAAAACCAAGAGCCCAAAAAGCCUGCAAGGUGUGCCGCAAAAGGGGUAUCAGACGAGAUACACGGUACUAUUGCCCAAAGUGCCCUCGCAACCCCGGGUUAUGUUUCAAACCAUGUUUUGAAAUAUACCACACUCAGCUGCACUACUGA